UCCAUGGUUUCUACCCUCAUCAAGAUUAUAUCAGUUUACAUUGAAAAGAUUUGCAAAGGAAUGUUUACAAAGAGAUUGGCAAAUCCAAUCAAGAAGAAAGAAAGAAGUAAAAAUAAAGAGCCAACAAAAUCGAACACUGACCUGCAAGCACUCAAUCCAACUCUGUCUAACACAGUGAAGAGCACUGUCAAAAAGAUCUCCAAAUGCUCCUCAGCACGUAACGUAUCACUGGAAGACGACGACAGCAAGAACGACUGCUCGUCCCUGUCACCCACUUUCAGUUAUCGCGUGGCCAUCGCAAAUGGACUCCCUAAAACCGCCCCUUUUUUGAAUAACAACAAUGAGAGCAUAUUUCCCGAAGUCCUUUCAAUUGACAGUAGCUACUCUGACACACUGAGCGACGCAAAGCCUAUACGGAGACUGAAUGAGCAUAAAUCGCACACUAUGCCAGUAAGACGGAACCGGAAGAGCCUCAUUAGUUUGGCUCCCUCUGAUGGGAGCUCCGAGGGUGAACGAGUGGAACGCUCCAGUCUGCACACUCUCCGGCUGGGUGCUCUUCGAAAGUUGAGAAAAUGGAAAAAGAGUCAGGAAUGUGUCUCCUCGGACUCCGAGGUGAGCAACUGGAGGAAGACGCUCGGCAUCCGGAGCAAGUCCUUGGACCGGGCGGGACGGCACCAGAAGAGCUCCACUCUGGAACCUGGUUCCUCCUCCACAGGGUGCAUAAGUCAGACACAAGAUGUCAUGGAGAUGAUCUUCAAGGAACUUCAGGGCAUAAGCCAGAUAGAGACCGAACUGUCCGAGCUACGUGGUCAUGUCAACGCUCUGAAGAGCUCAAUUGACGAGAUCUCAAGCAGUGUGGAAGUAGUGCAGAGCGAGAUUGAGCAACUUCGCUCUGGAUUUGUCCAAUCAAGGAGGGAAACACGUGACAUCCAUGACUAUAUAAAACAAAUUAGCCACCAGGCCAAUAAUUCAACCCUGCGUUUCCUCAACGUUCCUGAAGAAAGGUCAGAGAAAACAGAACAUCUUAUAUAUAAAUUACUUAAAGACAAAAUGGGUCUCGCCGAUGCCCAUAAAACUAUUAAAAUUGAGCUUGCUCACAGGUUAGGACAACAACGAGAAUGUUCAAAUGCAAAACCUCGUCCUGUUAUAGUUAUAUUUGCAACACCUCAAGAUAGAGAUUUAGUCUUGAAAAAAUGUUAUAAACUGAAAGGAACUGGAAUUACAGUUUCCACAGACAGCUUAACUCGGGAAGGGAAAGAGCGAAAAGACAAAGCAUUGGCCUCCUCACAAACCUAUGAAAGUAUGGAUAUUAAGGUGUCAGGGAAAGACAAAGUAGUAGAGAGUGAUGACUGGGAUUCCAUGGACAGUGACAAGGAAUUAGAUGAGCUAAGCAGAAACAAAUAUGCAAUGGUGAUUUCCAAGCCAGCUCAGAAGAGCAAAUCAGAGAAAAGGCGAUCCCACGAUCAGAGCCGGUCAGGAGAAGAAGCGAGCUACUCAGGUGGAGUACACUAUGCUGAUGACUCAUACUAUGACCCCGACAAGCAUGGGAAGGCUUACUACUCUGAUGUGACCUCUGGUUGGCUCUCUCAGAGUGACUAUUCCACGCCGAAACUUAGCCGGUCAGAGUCAGACUGCUCAAAACUUUGCCAGUCAUACUCAGAGGACUUUUCAGAGAGCCAAUACUUUACACGGACCAAUGGUUGCUCCCUGUUAUCCUCCUCAGAUCAGGAACUGUGGCAGAGGAAACAAGAGGACAUGGCAUCGUCUUGGUAUGCUAGCCCAAGUCACCCACUCAGCCACGAGACUCAACCUUAUGAACACAAUGAGAUUGAGACGACAGAGACUGCUGACAGUGGGGUGAGCAAUGGACUUGUCUGCAUAUCUGCGGAUAGAAGCCACUACAGUGGCUCCCAAAUUUCUCUGCAGGCCGACCUGUCACCUUGGAAAGACUGGCAUCAAAUAGAGCAAGGAGCCGAUUCAGGCUUGGAAGUUUCCAUAGAGGUCAGCAGUCCAUUUGACCCAUCCACCAUUCCGGGUUUUCCAGAGAAUAUCACUAAAUGCCAAGAAGUUGAUUUACAAUUUGAAGGGGAGGAGGAAUUCAUGAUGCUUGACAGAGAAUCCUCCCUGCCACUAAUUACCACCCACAUUAUUACUCCUAUUGUAGAGCGUGAGUCCACCAAAGCGCAUGUGCGGCAGUCUAAAGGGAGAUCUAAAGGGGUAACAAAUGAAAGUGCAAAAGUAUCAUCUAAAGAUAACUCAAAAUCAACAACUAAAACUACCAAUAAGCAAACUAAAAUUUUGUCAAAAGAUGAAACCCCCAAAAUACAGGAAAAAGACAUCUCUAAGGUAUCUACAAAGAUUUCAUCGAAAGUGAUAUCAAAUGUGUCUACGAAAGAGCCAAUAAGAGAGAAGAAAUCAGUAGCUAAAGAGAUACCUCAAACCCUCCCCAAAGACAGCCCAAAACCUUCAACGAAAUAUGCCACAAAGCCCGCUGUAGAAGAUGUAGCUAAAGUAGCACCUAAGGUUAUUUGUAGCGAGAUGGUUAAAGUUAGUAAAGCUGCCCCAAAGGUUUCUCAGGCAAUGACACCGAAACAAAGUCCACGAGAGUCACCAAAAGAGAGUCCUAAAAUCACUCCGAUAAUGAGCCCAGCCUCAACUCCCAAAGAGUCCCCAAAAGAAUUCCUGAAACAGUCCCCUAUAGUCAGUGUUAAAGAACCCCUACAAGGCACACAGAAAGUUGCUGCUAAGGAGGUUGCCAAAGAAGCUGCAAAGAUACUCCCAAAAGAUGUACCAAAAGUACAGAAUAAGGAGAGCAACAAUAAUAAAGUACCGGCUAAAAAAGAUUCUUGUAUUCCAAUCAAAGAACCAUCAGUACCAAUAGAGACCUCUCAGGUGCCUGUCCAAGAAUCUCCAAAAGCAUCUCCAAGUCAAUCACCUCAAGUAGUCUCUCCAGAUGCCCUGAAAGUGGUUGCUAAAGAUGCCCCCAAACAAGCCUCGAAAGCAGUCCCAAAGGAAAAAUUUCCUGAAAUCGAUGUCAAUCACAGCUUUCACCAAAAUCAAAGCAAAUCCACAACUAUGUACCGUAGCCAGAGUGAGAUUCGAACAGAGAAGGUCGAUGAGGUGCCAAAGUCAUGGAGCAGCAGGCUCAGUAUAGACCUCAGCGAGAAGUCUUUUGGUUUUGGCUUUGGUUCUACACUGCAAAGGGCUAAAUCAGCUCUGGAGGUUGUGUGGAAAUCCGGCUCUCAGAAUGUUCCUGCACCUCCCGAAGAACCACCAAAUUCUUCUUCGUCACUCAUGGGCCGUUUCCGCACACUCUCCACCUCCAACUCACCCUCUACGGGGGAUUCAGCUGCUCACAAAGAACCCGUUUAUUACAAAGUGGAGGAUGAAAAAAAGGGUGCAAAGGCUGAAGCCGUUGAACAAUCAGAGGACAGCGAGACCCACUAUGUUGAGGUGAUGGAACAGGUUCUUGCUAAUUUGGAGAACAGGACUAAUGUCAAUGAAAUCGAAGAUCUUGGUCAGGAAUGUGAGCCUUCUGAGGAAAGUGACACAGUUGAGGAUGUCAAGGGCUCUCAAGUCAACGAUGUCCCUCAAGAUUUUGAACCUGCAGAGGAUUUCAGCACCACAAGAGACAGUGACGCAAGCAAAGAGGCACAUGUCUUAGAGUACGACUGUGGCUUGGAUGAGCAGUACGAUGAGGAGUACAGCGAGGAAUACGAAACCAACGUGACAGAGGACACGGCCGAGUAUGACGCAAUGGUGGAGUAUUUGGAUGUUGAGGAACCUGACGAGACGGAGGACAAUGACAUAACCGAGGAGAUGGAAGAGGGCGACGAAGAUAUCGAGGAGAUUGAGGAGAUGGCCGAGGAGACCACCGAGGUGUCUGUGAAAGCGGAGGAAUGUGAGGAGGAUGAAAAUGUGGCAGAGGAGAAGCCCGAAGAAGCACCACCAAAGAAGCGCGUACGACCCACAUUUAAAGAGGCUGCUCUGAGGGCCUACCGGAAACAGAUGGCGGAACUGGAGCAACAGAUCCUGGCAGGAGCCUCGCAGCAUUUUGGACCCCAAAGUGCUCGGCUUGCAGUCUGGAGGACAAACUACGGCCGUAUUUCAAUGGAAUGUAAUGGAGUCACAUACAAAGGUGAGACAGGUGACGACAGGAGGCGUGAUCAACGGGCUGGCAGUAUUCUUUACGGCAUUGACAGCAUGCCAGAUUUACGCCGCAAGAGGACAGUGCCUCUUGUCCGAGACCUGGCUCUGACCCUCACUGCUCGAAAGGCAGGCAUCUCGUUCGCUCUGGUGAACCGCUCCACUCUAAAUAACGAGGACUUGAAACUUCAUGUCUUCAAGAAGACCCUCCAAGCCUUAAUCUACCCAAUUUCUUCCACCACGCCGCACAACUUUGAGGUGUGGACGGCUACUGCGCCCACUUACUGCCAUGAAUGUGAGGGGCUCCUGUGGGGCAUCGCCCGCCAAGGCAUGCGCUGCUCUGAGUGUGGCGUCAAAUGCCACGAGAAGUGCCAAGACCUGCUCAACGCAGACUGCUUGCAGAGGGCAGUGGAAAAGAGCUCCAAGCACGGGGCAGAGGAUAAGACCCAGAACAUAAUCAUGGCCAUGAAGGAGCGAAUGAAGAUCCGGGAGAAGAACCGGCCCGAGGUGUUUGAGGUGAUCCAGGAGAUGUUCGACAUCUCCAAGGAGGACUUUGCCAGCCAUCUCAAGACAGCCAAGCAGGCAGUGCUGGACGGAACCUCCAAAUGGUCUGCUAAAAUCAGUAUCACCGUCAUGAGUGCUCAAGGGCUCCAGGCCAAGGAUAAAACGGGCUCCAGCGACCCGUACGUCACUGUCCAGGUGGGAAAGACCAAGCGUCGGACAAAGACCAUCUUUGGCAACCUCAACCCGGUGUGGGACGAGAGGUUUUACUUCGAAUGUCACAACGCCACGGAUCGCAUCAAGGUGCGCGUGUGGGACGAGGACGACGACAUCAAGUCGCGGGUGAAGCAGCAUUUCAAGCGGGAGUCGGACGACUUCCUGGGCCAGACCAUCAUCGAAGUCCGCACGCUCAGCGGGGAAAUGGAUGUUUGGUACAAUCUGGAUAAGAGGACGGACAAGUCCGCCGUAUCCGGUGCCAUCAGACUCAAGAUCAGUGUGGAAAUGAAGGGGGAGGAAAACGUGGUCCCACCUCACGGCCAGUACACCUGUUUACAUGAGAACCUGUUCCACUACUUGACUGAAGGCAAGAACAACGGCGUGGUGAAAAUCCCACAGGUCAAAGGAGAAGAAGCGUGGAAGGUCUACUACGAUGACGUGUCCCAGGAGAUAGUGGACGAGUUUGCCAUGAGAUAUGGAGUGGAGUCCAUCUAUCAGGCCAUGACGCAUUUCUCCUGCUUGUCUGCCAAAUACAUGUGUCCCAGUGUGCCUGCGGUGAUGAGUAACCUGCUUGCGAACAUCAACGCCUACUUUGCCCACACAACCACCACCACCACAACCACCGCCUCCGCUUCCGACCGAUUCGCUGCAUCCAACUUCGGGAGGGAGAAAUUUGUUAAAUUACUGGAUCAGCUGCACAACUCAUUGAGGAUCGACCUGUCGAAAUAUCGUGAUAAUUUCCCUGCGGGGAACCAAGAGCGUCUGCAAGAUUUGAAGUCAACCGUUGAUCUUCUGACAAGCAUCACGUUCUUCAGGAUGAAGGUCCAAGAGCUUCAGACUCCGCCCAGAGCCAGCCAGGUGGUGAAGGACUGUGUGAAAGCCUGCCUGGAUUCCACAUAUAAAUACAUUUUCGAUAAUUGCCACGAGCUGUAUAAUCAGCUGCUGGACCAGAGCCGAAAGCAGGACAUCCCACGUGAGGAGCAGGGACCGUCCAUCAAGAACCUGGACUUUUGGCCCAAACUCAUCACCCUCAUGGUAUCAGUCAUCGACGAGGACCGGACUGCCUACACGCCCGUCAUCAACCAGUUUCCGCAGGAGCUAAACGCGGGAAAGAUCAGCGCGGAGAUCAUGUGGAACCUCUUUGCCCUGGACAUGAAGUACGCCAUGGAAGAGCACGAUAGGCACCGCUUAUGCAAAAGCACUGAAUACAUGAAUCUUCACUUCAAAGUCAAAUGGUUCCAUAAUGAGUACGUGCGCGAAUUGCCAGCCUUCAAGGGGGUUCCACCAGAGUAUUCUCUGUGGUUUGAGCCAUUUGUCAUUCAGUGGCUCGAUGAGAAUGAGGAUGUGGCCAUGGAUUUUCUCAAUGGUGCUCUGGAAAGGGACAAGAAAGACGGCUUCCAGCAGACGUCCGAACACGCCCUCUUCUCCUGUUCGGUGGUGGAUGUGUUCACGCAGCUUAACCAGAGCUUCGAGAUCAUCAAAAAGCUGGAGUGCCCCAACCCGCAAGCUCUGGCUCAUUUCAUGUGCCGCUUUGCCAAGACUAUCAAUAAGGUUCUUCUGCAGUAUGCCGCAAUCAUUUCCAAGGACUUCCCUUUGUAUUUGAACAAGGAAAAUGUGCCCUGCAUUCUUCUGAACAACAUUCAACAACUCAGAGUCCAGUUGGAGAAGAUGUUCGAGUCAAUGGGAGGCAAACAGCUGGAUGCUGAGGCCAGUGAUCUGCUGAAGGAGCUGCAGAACAAACUCAACACUGUGUUGGAUGAGCUCAGCGGUGUCUUGGGCUCCAGUUUCAAACCAGUGAUCGAGGACUGUGUGAAACAGAUGAACCAGGAGUUGGUCCAGAUGAAAGGUUCGGCCAAGGGAAGUAAUGCUGCCAUGGACGCAGAGACCGUCCUGCGGCCUCUUAUGGACCUCCUGGAUAAAAAUUUGAUGUUAUUUGCCAAGAUUUGUGAGAAAACAGUGCUGAAAAGAGUUCUCAAGGAGCUUUGGAAGAUCGUUCUGAACACCAUCGAGAGGACCAUCGUUUUACCACCGCUGAGCGACCAGAGUGUAACUCAGAUGAUCUUCAAUGCGGCAAAGGAUUUAGGACAAUUGUCCAAAUUGAAGGAGCAUGUCAUCCGUGAAGAAGCCAGGAGUCUGACUCCACGUCAGUGUGCAGCCAUGGAUCUCGUGCUUCCCACUAUCAAGCAAUAUUUCCAUGCUGGAGGAAACGGGCUAAAAAAGACCUUCCUGGAGAAGAGUCCUGAUAUGAAGUCCCUCAAAUAUGCUCUUAGCCUUUACACUCAACCUACAGAUGCCUUGAUCAAGAAAUAUAUAUGCACCCAAACCUCUCAAGCUCAGUCAAGCAACGGCUCGGUGGGCGAGGUGUCCAUACAAGUGAACCUCAUCUCUCACCCUGGCACCGGGGAGCACAAAGUCGGCGUGAAGGUUGUCGGCGUGAACAACCUCCAGUGGCAGACCACCGCCAUGUUCCGGCCAUUCGUCGAGGUCAACGCCGUCGGGCCGCACCUUGCUGACAAGAAACGCAAAUUUAGCACCAAGACCAAGAAUAACAACUGGUCACCAAAGUACAAUGAAACAUUCCAAUACGUCUUGAGCAACGAGCACGGCCCAGAGGCGUACGAGCUGCACGUGUCGGUGAAGGACUACUGCUUCGCACGCGAGGACCGAAUCAUUGGCAUGACCGUCAUCCAGCUCCGCGAGCUGGCCGACUCGGCCAGCUGUGCCGCCUGCUACCCGUUGGUGAAGAGCAUCGCCACAGACGAGACGGGCCUCACCAUCCUGCGGAUACUCUCACAAAGGACCAACGAUGAGGUGGCCAAAGAGUUUGUGCGUCUCAAGACGGACACACGCUCAGCGGAGGAAGUCUCCUAAUGCCAACUGAGGUGUGUGUGGGGGAAAAAAAAAAAUAGUAGUAUUCCUUCCGAGUGGUGUUGUCUUAAAGAUGAGAAUGAAGGGAUGGUUGUUCUUCUUGAGAUGAUCCAAAGUAGGAAAGGAGCGAGGAAGUUGUUUGUUUGUUUGUUUGUUUCUGUGCAUGUGUGUAAGGAAAAAACAAAAAAACAUCUGUUGGAAUGUUCAUUUGAAUACUACAAGUACGUACAAGUGUUUACUGACCGUAUGCUUAUAAUUAAGUACUAUAUUCUACCAGUUACGUUCAAACAAACACAGAAAAAACCUUUUGUACCACUUAGUCUUUUUUGAACUGAGAUUUGUUCCAAUAAAGUGCCAAACCAGUGGAGUUCAAACAAAAACUACAGUAAACAAACAAAAAAAAGAACAAAACAUGAAGGAAUUACGGCGAUGAACUUGGUAUGUUGGAAAAUUUGCUCGAUUAUCCAGUGUAAGUCACUUUCUGACUGUGUGGUGUUCUGAUUGUUGCAGUCUGUCAUUUUUGGUUUUGCUUUUUUUUUUUUUAACAUUUUGCCACCCACCACUGGUGUAGUGU